AUGUUAAUUAUAAUAAGAAUUUUCGUAAGUAUAACACCAUUAACUUUUAUUAGUUGGAGCUUAACUCAUAUGUGACUUUAUUUUUGUUUUUUAAUUAGUUUAAUAUUAAUUUAUACUGGAUGAAACCAGUGAGAUAUGUUUAAUUUUUUCCUAGGGGGUGAUUUAAUAUCAUUUAUUUUAAUUUCCUUAACUAUUUGAAUUUCUAUUUUAAUAAUUUCUGCAAGAAGCAAAAUUAAGUUUAAGACUAAUUGAUCAUUUUUUCUUUUAAUGAAUUUACUUUUAUGUCUAAUUUUGAGUGUCACAUUUUUAAUGAGAGACUUAAUUACGUUUUAUAUUUCUUUUGAAACUGCGUUAAUCCCUAUUUUUCUUAUUGUAAUAGGGUGAGGGUACCAGCCAGAACGACUUCAAGCCGGUUUGUAUCUACUAUUUUAUACCCUUUUUGCUUCUUUACCCCUUCUUAUUUGUAUUUUAUAUAUAAAUUUUUCUUUAAAAAUAAGAAGAACCGUUUUGUUAUUUUAUAAUCUCUCAAUUAAUUUUUAUAGAACAUUUGAAACAAUUGUGUUAUUUGUUGGCUUUACAUUAGCAUUUUUGGUAAAAUUACCUUUAUUUUCUGUUCAUUUAUGGUUACCUAAAGCACAUGUAGAGGCCCCAGUUGCUGGAUCAAUAAUUUUAGCUGGUGUUCUAUUAAAAUUAGGAGGGUACGGGUUGUUACGGUCUUUGGUGUUAUUCAAGUCCUUUCAUUUUGGCGCUUACAUUUUAAUAAGAACUUGUUUAUUUGGGGGUGUUAUAGUUGGGUUAAUUUGUCUCCGACAGACAGAUACAAAAGCUUUAAUUGCUUAUUCUUCUAUCGCUCAUAUAGGAUUAGUUUUAGGGGGAAUGUUAACUUUUUUUAUUUGAGGGAUAAGAGGGGCUUUAAUUUUAAUAAUUGCACAUGGUUUAUGCUCGUCUGCUUUAUUUUGUUUGGCAAACAUUAAUUAUGAACGAAACCACACACGUUCGUUAUUCCUCUCAGGGGGGUCUUUAUGAACUCUUCCUUCUUUCUCUUUAUGAUGAUUUCUUUUUGUUGCAGGAAACAUAGCAGCACCCCCUUCUAUGAAUCUUGUGGGGGAAAUUAGAAUUAUUAAUAGUUUAGUUUCUUGGGCCUUUUGUCUAUGGGUUUUAAUUUUUAGUUGCUCCUUUUUAGCUGCCGCUUAUAGAAUUUAUUUAUAUGUAGGAACACAACACGGGCACAUUAUAACAGCGUUUAAAAUAUUAAGAUGUAGUUUUAACCGGGAACUUUUAAUUUUAUUUUUACAUUGAAUGCCACUAAAUUUUUUUAUUUUCCGUGUAGACUAUCUAUUUUGUUGAAUAUAUUUAAGUAGUUUAACUAAAAUUUCGAUUUGUGGUUUCGAAGAUACAAUAUGUUUGUCUUAA